CAGUGUAUUAGUCUCUCUUAUUUAGUAUCUUUGUUUGUGGUUGUUAUAUGUCGAAGGGAAGCAAGACCGGAUCAUUUCUCAGAAUAAAAAGGCAAAGCAAGGAUGAGGGACUAUUUUUGAAGCAUGAAAGAAUGUUACUAGAAAAACUUAUUGCCUCAUCUAAUGGUAAAUGUAAUCCUAGCCAAGCAACAAAAGGCUUCGACACCGGUCGGGAAAUCUCAAGGUACAUUCAUUUCGUGUUAUACAAAGGUUCUCUCCAUGGUCGUGAGAUUUCUGUGAAAAGGUACCAGAGCUAUAGCAAAUGCCUCGAAACGGCUAUAACUGAUAUUGUGAUUAGCUCACAAAUGAGUGCUAACAAGAAUGUUCUUAAACUCGUUGGAUACUGCGUAGAGACUCGAAAUCCAGUGCUUGUGUAUAAGUUUGGUGGUAAUAGAAAUCUCAAGAGAUUAAUGUCUGAUGUUUGUGAGGGUAAACUUGAAGCAGAGCCAUUACCAUGGAAGUCUAGAAUGAAGAUUGCAAUGGAUAUUGCUAAUGCAGUUAAAUAUCUUCAUAUUGCUUUCUCUAGACCUGUUAUUAAUCGAGGUCUUUCGCUAAACUUGAAGCAGAGCGAUUACCAUGGAGGUCUUUCGUUUAUGCAGUUACAUAAACGAGAAGAGCAACUGCCAGCAGAUGCUGAUGUUUCCUCUCAGCAACAGCAUUCUGCUGAGGCGAUAAUUGCAGCAAAUAUAAUCCUUGAUGUAGAUCACCCUUCCCAAUCACCUGGUAAAGGGAUAGUUGGGGACGUAGCACCUGAGGUUUUGGAAUGCAAAAUAAAUGAAAAGGCUGAUGUUUUUAGUUUUGGGAUACAAUUACUUGAGCUUUUGACUAGAAGACCAUCUGGGGAUCACAAUGUGGUGGAACUGGAAGCCACGUUUAGAGAAUUGGUGUUGAAUCAUGUCGAAAACAACCUGUUAACUGAAAUUGUGGAUCAAAAGCUCUUAAGUGAAGGAAUCAAUGGUGAUGAGUUGGUGAGUUUUGCAAAGAUUGCAUUUUGUUGCACGCAAGAAAUCCGUAGAACCGACAGAUGAUAACUGAUGUUGCGAAACAUCUAAGGCAACUUAACAAAGAUUGUUCAUGAAUUUCUUAGCUUUAUUAGCUCAGUAGCUACAAUAAUGGAGGAUGAUACUUUCAGUGGUAAA